AUGGACACACAUGACAUUGUCACUCCUAUAAAUACAAACUGAAAAUCGAAACGAAGAGUUAGGUGCACAUACAUUACAAACAAACAUAGACGCAGCCAGCGACUCAAACAGAACACCACUUAGAGCUAACUCUACUCAUUCUUCUUCACCCAUUUCACCUUCUUAUUUGCUCAGAGAGUCGGAGAAAGAUGGUGGGACCCCCGAGGCCUCAGUUUGUUCUGUUCGGAUCCUCCAUAGUCCAGUUCAGCUUCAGCAACGGCGGCUGGGGCUCCGUUCUCUCCGACCUCUACGCUCGCAAAGCAGACAUAUUGCUGCGUGGUUACUUCGGAUGGAAUUCACGGCGUGCGCUAGAGGUGCUUGAUCAAGUUUUUCCCAAGGAUGCAGCUGUUCAACCUUCUUUGGUGAUAGUCUAUUUUGGCGGGAAUGAUUCUAUGGGGCCUCAUCCAUCUGGGCUAGGACCUCAUGUACCACUUCCUGAGUAUAUUGAGAACAUGAGGAAGAUUGCAAAUCAUCUCCAGAGCCUUUCAGAUUCAACACGCAUCAUUUUUCUUAGUUGUCCUCCCGUGAAUGAGGCCACAGUUCGUGCAAAUAAAAGUCCUUAUCUCAGCGAGUUAGUAAGAACGAAUGAGCUAUGCCAACAAUAUUCCGAAGCUUGUAUAAAGCUAUGCCAGGAACUGGAUAUCAAGGUGGUUGAUCUUUUUACGGCAAUACAGAAAGGAGAAAACUGUUUUACAGAUGGGAUUCAUUUAUCAGCUGAAGGGAGCAAAAUAGUGGCGGAGGAGAUACUGAAAGUACUGAGAGAAGCUGAUUGGAAGCCAAGUUUACACUGGAAAUCCAUGCCAACAGAAUUUGCAGAGGAUUCACCAUAUGAUCUUGUUGCUGCUGAUGGAAAGACGACGUUAAAUCCCUCCGAAUGGACGUUUUAUAGAGAUUUUCACUGGAACUCUCUAUAAAACAGAGUUUCCCUUUCGGAGGCUGUGCAGUUGCAUAUUGAAGACUUAAGUAUCCACUACUCCAUGGGGACUCUAGUUUAACUGCAAUGGUACUCAUCAUAUUCUUCAACAUUAAUCGUACAAUUAUUUUUUCCUGCAAUUGGUUCUAGUAGUUGUAGCCUAGCUAGUAGCUAGUAGGCAAAGGUUGGUAAAAGACUUUAUUUGUAAUAACUUUUGUGCCUUCUCCUUGACAAUGAUAACUUUCAUUCUACUGUGGAAUCAUAUAUACUUGGUUGUUUCUC